GCAGCGCUGCAGUCACCGACCCGUCAAUUGGAUACUCAGGUUAAGGACUUUUGUGGCUCCGCGCGCAAAGCGUAAACAUUCUAAAGUUCUGCUUUUUUACAGAUUCAAAAGAGACUUUCACCUCUUUCACAUGCGUUUGUGUUGCCUGUUCAUUUUGAAAUUACACUUAUGAUUGACAAGUAUGGGCAUAGCGCGUGGAAUCGUGUGGGGAGACAUCGCCGUGGUCCUGCUUCUCCUUUCUAAAGGUUCACUUGGACUUUAUUUUCCUCAAAGCGAAUACUCGGAGAGCAUCUAUGUGGGUCAGCUGCAGGGAUCCGUAGUGCUUCAGGUCCAUUCCAUGCUGGAAACCCCUGCAGAGAGGCCUUUUUUCUCACUGUGUUGGAGACAUUCCAAGAAAGCCCCUCCUUAUGCAUCAUGGUUUCAUAUGGAUGAGGCUUCUGGAGUGCUUUCUAUGAACAAAACCCUGGAGUGGAGUGACUUUGGUAGUAUAUACACCAGCUCAGCUGGCUCCUUGAAGAAGCUCACCCUGAAGGUCACAGCCUCCCUGAUGCCUGUCCAGAAAAUGAUGUGCAAUCUCCUUCCCAAAGUAGAGGUCAGCCUGACACUCAUUAAUGCCACAGCGCCCUCCUGUGGUCAGGUCAAGCUGGAGAAAUUGUGCUUCCCCGACAGGGAUACAAACCCCCACAUCAGAGAGAACCGUAUGCCAGGGGCCCUGCGGCAGCUUCAACGCUUUACACGCAUGAGUGUUUGCCCCAACUAUACCAUCAGUUAUGGAGUUGAAGCAGACUCUCCAGUUCCAUUUGAGGUCAAUGGCUCCACUUCAGAACUGGUGGUUACGGCACCUUUGGACCGUGAGGAGAAGGAAGUGUACCGUCUGGUUAUAGUUUGUUCAGUGCGGACAGAAGAGUUUGUGCACACACUCGUCACUCCUCUGCACAUUAACAUCUAUGACGAGGAUGAUAAUCCUCCCUAUGUAAACGGGACCGACAAUGAGGACGUCAUAAUAGAGUUUAAUCGCAGUGAGGGCACAAUCUGUGGAAGUCUGUCUGUGUAUGACAGGGAUACAACACCCGUUUAUCCCAGUGACCAAAGUCAGAAUAAAUUUGUUGGUACCCUGUUGACAAAUGACCCCUGGAUCAGAAACACAUUUACCAUUGAACCCAAAUUCAGGGAAGAAAAAGCUGUCUUUAGCAAUGUGCGUGGAACGGUUCAUGAAUAUAAGCUGAAGCUCAGUCAGAACGUGUCUGUGACAGAGAAACGCUCAUUUCAGUUGGACUACCUGGUCAAUGAUACCACUUUCCCAGGACCAGAGGGAACAGUGCUGUUACAUUUCAAUGUCACUAUUCUGCCAGUUCCUAUUCGUUUCUCCAAUAUCACCUACUUCUUCACUAUGUCACGGAAAUCAACGACGUACUCCCAGAUUGCUAAAGUCUGUGUGGACAACUGUCUGAAGUUUAAGGGCAUUGAUGUUGGAUAUCAGCUAGAAAUAGCAGACAGAAACAUCUCUGCUGAUGCUCAGUCAUGCUAUGCAGCAGUUAGCAUUGCACAGAGCCAAAACGAGAUGUCUGGCGUUCUCUAUGUGAAUGACACUGAGGCAUUACGCAGAGCAGAGUGCCAAGAGCUGCAGUAUGUGGUUAUUGCCCAAGAGCAGCAGAACCAGUUGCUGGCCAAAACUCAGCUCAUCAUCAUAUUUGAGGGUGAAGUGGAUCUUAUGAGAAUGGAUGAGCAGCAGGUUUUGGCUUGUGCAGAGCGGAGAAAGCGAGGGGAGUGUGAGGCGUCUCGAGGCCUGGGAGCCCCCACAGGCAGAUGCCAGUGGAGACAAGGCAGUGAUAAAGGGAUAUCUGAAAAAUAUUCCACCUGUUCCCCUGACCUCCGCACAUGCCCGGAUGGUUACUGUGAUGUAAUUGAAAGCAAAGAUAUAUCCAUAUGUCCUCAGGAUUGCACCAGUCAACCCAUAAUUGGGGGUCAUGAGAGAGGCCUAUACGGAAUUAAAGCAGGAUAUGGGACUUGCUACUGUUUCUCAGAGAAGUGCUUCUGUGAAAAGGAUGAAAUGGAGGAGGCUAUCUGUGACGACAUGUGUAAGACAGUCAUUGCAACUGGUGUCGUCCUCUCCUUCAUUGUCUCCAUCCUCCUGUCCUCGUACUUUAUCCAUUGUUAUCACAAGAGCACACCCAAGCCGCCCAUCGCCUCAGCUGAAAUGACCUUCCGUCGUCCGGCUCAGUCCUACCCCAUCAGUUACUCAGCCAAUAAUGUUCGGCGAGCUUCUCUAGAUUCCAUGGAGAAUCAGGUGGCCAUUGACACCUUCAAAAUACCUGAAGAUCCAAAGUGGGAAUUCCCACGAAAGAACCUAGUUCUGGGUAAAACUCUGGGAGAGGGAGAGUUUGGGAAGGUAGUGAAGGCCACAGCAUUCCGUCUUAAAGGAAAAGCUGGCUACACUACAGUUGCUGUAAAAAUGUUAAAAGAAAAUGCCUCUCACAGUGAGCUUCGAGAUCUUCUUUCAGAGUUCACACUGCUCAAGCAGGUUAAUCAUCCUCAUGUAAUAAAGAUGUAUGGAGCCUGCAGCCAGGAUGGUCCAUUAUACUUAAUUGUUGAGUAUGCCAAGUAUGGGUCAUUGCGCAACUUCCUGAGAGAGAGUCGGAAAGUUGGACCCAGCUACAUGGGCAAUGAUGCCAACCGUAACUCCAGCUACUUGGAAAACCCUGAUGAAAGAGCGCUGACCAUGGGUGACCUCAUCUCUUUUGCAUGGCAGAUCUCCAGAGGAAUGCAAUACCUGGCAGAAAUGAAGCUUGUUCACAGAGACCUUGCUGCCAGGAACGUGCUGGUUGCAGAGGGAAGGAAGAUGAAAAUAUCAGACUUUGGUUUGUCUCGAGAUGUCUAUGAGGAAGAUUCAUAUGUGAAGAGGAGCAAGGGUCGUAUUCCUGUCAAAUGGAUGGCUAUAGAGUCGUUGUUUGACCACAUCUACACCACACAAAGUGAUGUCUGGUCUUUUGGUGUUCUUUUAUGGGAGAUUGUGACUCUAGGUGGAAACCCCUAUCCAGGCAUUGCCCCAGAACGGCUUUUCAACCUUCUAAAGACAGGCUACAGGAUGGAGAAACCAGAGAACUGCACAGACGAAAUGUACAAUCUGAUGCUUCGUUGUUGGAAACAAGAGCCAGAUAAGCGUCCCAACUUCUCAGACAUCAGCAAAGAACUCGAGAAGAUGAUGGUAAAAAGCAGAGACUAUCUGGAUCUUGCGGCCUCCACACCAGCAGAUGCCCUGCUGUAUGACGACUCCCUCUCUGAAGAGGACACACCCUUAGUGGACUGUAGUAACGCCCCUCUCCCUCGAACCCUCCCCUCCACUUGGAUUGAAAACAAGCUCUAUGGCAUGUCAUACCCGAACUGGCCAGAGAAGAGCCCGGUACAGCUCAACAGACUUGAUGCCACUAACCCUGUCUUUACAAGAUAUGCCAAUGAUAGUGUUUAUGCAAACUGGAUGGCUUUGCAUUCUCCCGCAAAAAUUGUGGACACACUUGAUAGUUAAAAAUGCAAACCAAAAGUCAGUGGUGAUAAAGACAUGGGAGAAUAUGUGUAUAUUUAUAUAAUACUGUAUAUAUAUCUUAUAUGAUGUUAAAGUCGGUUCCCUUUUAUUUCUGCUGUAAAGCCUUUUGUGUAGAUCACAUGAGGGAUGGUAAUAGAUUUCAAAUUGGCUGGAAUUGCAUAGAGCACUCUUCAAGCAACUCAUAGGUAAUUGUUACCACAAGGCCCCGUCGGCCGUGUUGUAUCAUUGCAUGACUCUUUACAGUUCAAUGUCCAUGUUUAAGUGCCUGUGCCACUUCUGUUAUAGAUCACCAGUUACAAAAUGCAUGACCAAGACAAUGUUGGUCCCAGUCCAGAAAUGAAAGGGAGCUUCUUUUCCAUCAUCUACUGUAGAUGUAUGCCAAGGAUUGUGCAAAAAAUAAUUUGAAAAGUUUCUUCUUGAUCAUGUGUCAGGAUCUGGCAAAAUCAAUAACUUUUUUUUUCUUGAAAUAAAUAUAGACUCUGCGGCAACCACAAGAUAUGAAUAUUGGCAUAACAAAAAAUGUUUUAUUUAAUGUCAUAUGGUGAUUCAGUUUCCAUUCCAUGUACAAUGUAAAAUACAUUAUUUGUGCAACAAUAAUGAAAAUACAUACAGCUGAGUGUGAAUCCUCAUUAUGUUGUUAGAACAUUGUUUCAAUCAAUAAAACUCUUAGA